CGCCGUCACUUGGGCCGGAGGCGGGCGGCCGUGAGGAGGGAGAAGAGAGCGCUGCCGCUGUCGUCGCCACCACCACUAUCACCGCCACCUCCCCGGCCGGGCUCAGCCGCCAUGAUCCGCCUCCUGCUCCUAGUCUGCUCCAUCGCUGGCGCCGCGCUGGCCAGCGACGUGGUCGAACUGACGGACGACGACUUCGAGGAUCAGAUCGACGACCACGACCUGGCGCUGGUCGAAUUCUUCGCUCCCUGGUGUGGCCAUUGCAAACAGUUGGCCCCAGAAUAUGAAACUGCCGCCACAAAGUUAAAAGGAAAAGUUCCUCUAAUUAAAGUUGACUGCACUGCAAAUUCAAACACAUGUACCAAGUAUGGAGUUAGUGGGUAUCCAACUUUGAAGAUAUUCCGUGAUGGUGAAGAUUCAGGGUCUUACGAUGGUCCCAGAACAGCAGAUGGAAUUGUCAGCCAUCUGAAGAAACAGGCAGGACCCAGCUCUAUAGAAGUUAAAACACCGGAAGAACUGGGGAGCUUCAUUAACGAUGUAGAUGCUUCAGUUAUUGGUUUCUUCGAGGACCCUGCCAGUACACCCCAGGCAGAUUUCCUUAAAGCCGCAAGUGCAAUGAGGGAGAACUACCGUUUUGCUCACACCAAUAAUGAAGAGCUAAUUAAGAAAUAUGAAAUUAAAAAUGAAGGCAUUAUCUUGUUCCGACCUCAGCGACUAGCAAAUAAGUUUGAGAGCAGCAAUGUGCAAUAUACAGAAGCAAAGUUCUCAAAUACAAAAAUUAAAACAUUUGUUCAAGACAACAUCUUUGGUUUCUGUCCCUAUAUGACUGAAGAUAAUAAGGACCAAUUUAAGGGAAAGGACCUGCUGGUAGCAUACUAUGAUGUGGAUUAUGAAAAGAAUCCAAAGGGUUCCAACUACUGGAGAAAUAGAGUGAUGAAAGUUGCUAAGAAGUUCCUGGAUGCUGGUGAGAAGCUGCAUUUUGCUGUUGCCAGUCAUAAAACCUUUGGCCAUGAGCUUUCAGAAUUUGGUUUGGAUUCUAUCAAUGGUGAAAUUCCUGUUGUUGCUGUCAAAACAGCUAAAGAUGAAAAAUAUGUGAUGCAAGAGGAGUUCUCGCGUGACGGUAAAGUGUUGGAGCGUUUUCUGGAGGAUUACUUUGAUGGUAAACUGAAGCGUUACCUAAAGUCAGAGCCAAUACCAGAGACCAAUGAUGGUCCUGUGAAGAUUGUGGUAGCUGAGAACUUUGACGACAUUGUAAAUGAUGAAACAAAGGAUGUCUUGAUUGAGUUUUAUGCACCCUGGUGUGGUCAUUGCAAGAGCCUUGAACCCAAAUAUAAGGAACUUGCAGAUAAGGUGAGCAGUGAUUCCAAUAUUGUCAUCGCCAAAAUGGAUGCUACAACCAAUGAUGUGCCUUCACCGUAUCAAGUUCAAGGGUUCCCCACACUUUAUUUUGCACCAAUGGGUAAAAAGAAGAGUCCAAAGAAAUACGAGGGAGGCCGUGAAGUUAAUGACUUCAUGAGGUACUUGAAGAAGGAAUGCACGCAUCCUCUGACUGCAGUUGAAGAAGAAAAGAAAGCCAAGAAGAAGGACCGGGAAGACCUGUAAAUGAUUGGAAGCAGCUCAGAUGUUGGCGUUGUUAUGCAAGGAGUAAUUGGAACCAGGGGUUGGGUUAGAGAUUUGGUGGUGGUAUAGUCACUUUUUAAGAAGAUUAACAGUCUGCCAUACCAUUUCUGUAUCAAUUUUACGAUGCACUAUCAAUGAGUUACUGAAUCAAAAGGGGGCAGAAAUUCAGGUUUUGUUUUGGUCUUAUUUUGUACUGGUGAAUGUUUUUGUACAUUUUGAACAAUAAACCCCUUUAAACCAAA